AUGAUUGUAAGAACGCCAAACCCGCAAGAAGAGUUGCUUGGAUCAGGAUCCUUUGGUACCGUGUUCAGGCUCCAAGGUCUUCCUAUCGCCCGGAAAUACAUACGGCUUCCCCAAUCAGGUGGCGGAUUGCCGCCCGAAGGCAUAAGAGAAAUUGCCUGUUUGCGACGGUUGAGAAACUACUCUCCCAGCGAUAGAAGAAAUUGCAUUGAUGUUCUCCACAUUGAGAUAUCGAAGACGAACAUAAUGCUUGACUUGGAGUUGAUGACCGGCGGAACUCUCGGUGAGCUUCUAAGCGAGGCGAGGCUGGGUCCUGAACUCGCCUUAUCGUACUCUGUACAGAUCCUUCGAGGCCUUCAAUUUCUUCACGACGUCGGAAUUACUCAUCGUGAUCUUAAGCCCAACAACAUCUUGCUUUCUUCCCCCAACGGUUUGAAAAUAGCAGACUUUGGGCUCUCUCAUGUUAUAAGCGGCUGUGAACCACGAACACCGUUGGUGUGCACGCUGUAUUAUAGACCACCAGAGCUCCUCCGAGCAAAUGUGUUCCUAAAUAAGGUUCGUGGUCUGACGUACACCUCCGCCAUCGACAAUUGGUCUGCCGGCUGCAUCCUUCGGGAAAUGAUUGUGGGGCUGGGCCCGGUGUUCCGACCGGCGAGGACAAUUUACUCGUCGACUACGAGUUCGAUCGAGCAGCUCGACGCAAUUAUCAAGAAGUUCUAUUUAUCCUCCGGCUUCAUUAACGAAAAGCUUGCUACAAGCUUCUGUAACUCAACCUUGAAGCUUCCCGAGAUUACGAUUUCACCUCCAUUGAUGAACCAGAUCCUUGAGGUCACACAACUUCUGUUGAUCCCGAAUCCGGAGUUCCGCUGCGCCGCAGGGACAGCGCUGAAGACUCUCGAGCAACUAGACUCAACUUGA